AUCCCUAAAAAAAUCAAAUUUUAAGCACUUAGCAGAAGCACGUCGAGAGAAAGAGAGAAACAACAUUUGCAGAGUUGCAGCAGCAGUUACGAAGAAGCGAAUUUGAAAAAAAUGGCAUCCCUUGCUCUUCUCCGUCCCUGCAUAUUCCACCACACCCACAAGAAAUCUUCAACCCUUACCCUUAAACCCAAACCAAUUUCAAUUUCAUUUUCACCUUUGACACCACCACCAUACAAACUCACCCUAAAAAACGGCGGCCCUAAAGCCCAGAUAACCUCACCCGCAGCACCGGCGCGUUUAAUUUCAAUCGCCGCAUACACACUCCCAUUCUUCAAUUCCCUUCAAUACGGUCACAGCAUUCUCACUCAAUACCCUAAAUUCGCACUCCUCUUUGAUCCAAUCAUCCCUUUCCUCUCAUUUUAUAGAUCCCUCCCUUACGCUUCCUUCAUCGCAUUCUUCGCUCUCUAUUUGGGAAUUGUUAGAAACCCUAUUUUCUCUCAAUACGUUAGAUUCAAUGCUAUGCAAGCACUUACACUCGACGUGCUUCUUGUUCUUCCGCUUCUGUUUCAGAGGAUAUUUUCUCCGGGUCGGUAUGGGUUGGCUUUUCGGGUCAUGAUUUGGGCCCAUAAUGCGGUUUUCAUUUUCAGUAUUCUUUGCUUUCUCUAUAGCGUCUUGUCUUGUCUUUUGGGUCGUACUCCUUAUUUGCCUUUUGUUGCUGAUGCUGCAGCAAGACAAAUCUGAAUUUUAUUUCUUUAUCAUAUGAUUGUAAUGUAGCACAUAAACUUGUGUUUUAUUUGUUGUUACUUUUAGUUACUUAAAUGGAUGGAUUAAUACAAUUAAUUAUGCUUUUCAGUUUUUUUUUUUUAGUCACAAUGUUCCCUUACCCUUCAAUGUAAUAGUGCUUUUUGUA